CUUAGCUUGCUCUCCUCGCCAUCUAGAACGUGCUGGCUGCACCGCCGCUUGUCGAGAAAAGUCGGACUGGCAUAAUCACCAGCUGUCUAUCAUUCCAGCUGGUUUCUCUGUUUCAAUUGGUUUCAAUGCCACACUCAAUCGAAGUAAUGGUCGAAUCUUCCGUUACUCAUUCUUUGGAGGACUCCGCGGUGGUCAAGGUCAAGAAGCCCAAAAGAUCCCCGGAAAAGGAGCGUCAUAAAGAGGAGAAGCGAAAACGUCGUGUCGAGGCCGUUGCCACAGAAGACACACCUGGAAGAAAACACAAGAAGAAGAGCAAAUAUAAGGAUGUAGAGAGCGAUGCGAGAUCGGAGACGGCUAUUGACCCUUCCAAGACCGAGAAGAAGAGGAGAAAGCGGGAACGAGAGGGGGAACAGGAAGAUAGUCAAGCUUCUCGGUCGGACGUACCCAAGAAAGAUAAGAAGAGACGCAAGAGAGAUGCGGAGGCACCAGAGAUUGAAGGAACUAUUGCAGAGUCUGUUCCCGACGUUGCCACGCCCAAAGAAGAGAAGAAGAAAAGGAAGAAGAUGGAACUCAAAAAGACUGAAACGUGCAGCGUCGGAACGAGUGAAGAGAAGAAGGCAGAGAGCACUGCCGCUGGUGCUCCAGCACCAUCACAAAUUAGUGCAUUUCUCACUAAGCAUUCCGUGACGAUCCACAUGCCCGAGAAUGCAGGGAAAGUCAUCCCAGUGCUCUCGUUCAGACAGCUCGACAUCCCAUCUGAAUUGCAUUCUGCUUUCACCGAUUUCACCGAGCCAACACCAAUUCAGGCAUGUUCAUGGCCUCCGGCGUUGGAGGGUCGCGACGUGGUUGGUAUUGCGGAGACUGGGAGUGGUAAGACACUUGCAUUUGGCCUACCCGCGCUCGCCCGUCUUGUUUUGUCGCCAGCUCCACAAGGGAGGAAGUUCAAGGACACAACGACCGUCUCCGUGCUCGUCAUGGCACCCACACGCGAGCUGGCCAUCCAAACACAUGAGACUCUUGAUAAACUUGGCGCGCCCUUCGGCAUCGCAAGUGUCGCGGUGUUCGGUGGCGUCGACAAGGGACCACAGGCCAAGGCGCUGAAAAACGCUAACAAGAACGGCAAGACGACGAAGAUUAUCGUCGGCACUCCCGGGCGGAUUCUUGACUUGGUGGGUGAUGGCGUGUGCGACCUGAGCCAAGUCACGUACUUGGUUCUGGAUGAGGCGGACAGGAUGCUGGACAAGGGCUUCGAGAAUGAUAUCCGGACGAUCAUUGGAUACGCGAAGCAAGGGCCGGAGCGACAAACUCUCAUGUUUAGCGCGACAUGGCCUGAGGCGGUGCGGAGACUAGCGGCGUCGUUCCAACGGGACCCGGUUCGAGUGACUGUGGGUAGUGAUGAUCUGACAGCCAACAGUCAUGUGGAGCAAAUGGUUGAGGUCUUUGACGACGCUCGCUCCAAGGACUCCCGCCUUCUGGGCCACCUACGCAAGCUCUCCCACAAGAAGUCCGGUUCGCCUGAGGACGCGCGCAUCCUUGUGUUUGCGCUCUACAAAAAGGAAGCUUCGCGUGUCGAGGGCAUGCUGCGCAGUAAGGGUUACAGCGUCACUGGCCUGCACGGCGACAUGUCGCAGCCCGCGCGCAUGGAGGCGCUGCAGAACUUUAAGACGGGUGUGACGGGCUUGCUCGUUGCGACAGACGUCGCGGCGCGGGGACUUGACAUUCCGAACGUCGCGGCUGUGAUCAACUACACGUUCCCGCUGACAAUUGAGGAUUACAUUCACCGGAUCGGGCGGACUGGCCGUGGAGGGAAGAGCGGCAAGUCCAUAACGUUCUUUACUGGAGAUGCUCAUGAGCGUGCUCUUGCUGGGGAGCUAGCCCGAGUACUCCGGGAUAGCGGCUUCGAGUGCGAGGAUCUCAAAAAGUUUCCGAUGACGAUCAAGAAGAAAACGCACGGCGCGUACGGCGCCUUCUUUAGAGACGACAUUCCUGCACCUACUGGCCCUACGAAGAUCGUCUUCUGAAGCCUCUUUCACUGUUCCUAAUCGAAUAGAUUUUUUCUACACACUUAUU